CUAACCUUAACUUCUCACGCCUUUUCUUCUCUCUUUCAUCAUCACCUUUUCCUCACACGAUCCCUCCACCCCCCCCGACCCCAUCCAUCCUUCUCUCAAUCUCAACCCUGAUCAACUAAUCUUUUUCUUGCGCUUGUUGUGGCGCAUUUGCCUAUUACUCCUACCUACCCGGUAGAUAUUAUCUGUUGGUUGUUUCCCAGUCGCGUCAGCUGGUGGCGACGACCACCUGCGUACCUGAGCUACCUGAAUCCACAUCCCACCCCAGCGAACCCCAUUAAACAUAUCCGUGUCGCUCUUGCUGUGAAUCAUCCACUCUACGAAAUAUCGAGCUUCACAUAGGAUCGAUUCAAGCUCGCCCUUGUCGGUUCUCAGAUCCGCAGUUAAAGCGCGUCGGGUAUGGCUCCAUAGCUACCGGGACCGGGUUUCUACUCGCAAUUCAUGCACCUUACCCCUCUUUCAAUUGCUCUGUCAAUAGAGGUAGGGGUCUUCAUUGAAUAUUGAAUCAAUAAAAGAAAGAGAAACGAGCCAAGUCGUACAGGAGCAUGCUUCUUCGUUUACCGCCCAGCCUCCACUACCCGAUCACCGUCACCUCGCUGCUGAAACAGCCCGGCGACUUGGUGGAGCGGGACGAGGCUCUGUUCUGGUAUGUUUACCAAACGACCGUCACCGAGGGUGAUGGGCUGGGCAACAAGAUCGAGGUCCAGCGCAGGUUCCCGACCAAGUUCGAGUCGACUGUUGAUGGUGAGGUGGUCCAGUGGAAGAUCGCAAAAGGGGAUAUCAUCGAUGAACCUGUCGAGGUCAUUGAGAUUGAUGAGCCAUGUGCCCACGAAGUCCAGUUUGGGGGUCUAUGUGCGGAGUGCGGCAAGGACAUGACUGAAUCUACAUAUAACACGGAGGUGACCGACUCGAUGCGCGCACCGAUUCAGAUGGUCCAUGACAACACCGCACUAACCGUCAGCGAGAAGGAGGCUGCACGAGUGGAGGAAGAUGCGAAACGCCGGCUACUGUCAAAUAGAAAGCUUUCUCUGGUGGUGGAUCUUGACCAGACCAUCAUCCAUGCCACGGUUGAUCCAACUGUUGGAGAGUGGAUGCAAGACAAGGAUAAUCCAAACCACGAGGCCUUAAGUGAUGUUCGAGCAUUUCAAUUGGUAGACGAUGGACCGGGAAUGCGCGGUUGUUGGUAUUAUGUCAAGCUACGACCAGGGUUAGAGUCAUUCUUACAAAAUGUCUCAGAGCUCUUUGAAUUGCAUAUCUACACCAUGGGUACCCGAGCAUAUGCGCAACAUAUUGCGAGUAUCAUAGAUCCAGAGCGCAAGCUUUUCGGUGAUCGCAUCCUCAGUCGUGAUGAAAGUGGGAGUUUGACUGCUAAGAAUCUUCAUCGCCUGUUCCCUGUGGACACGAAGAUGGUGGUUAUUAUCGAUGAUCGUGGAGACGUCUGGCGGUGGAGCCCUAAUCUUAUCAAAGUGUCUCCGUAUGAUUUCUUCGUUGGCAUUGGCGACAUCAACUCGAGUUUCCUCCCUAAGAAACAGGAGUUAGGGGCAGUCGCCAAGACUGGAGACAAGACAGGCACAAAUACAUCAAAGUCGCCUCCACUUGAACAUCAUGUCAACGGCUCAACAACGAAACCAGGGGGAGAAGUGUCGGCGUUGGAGCAGCUUGUGACUAUGGGUGGCGGAGAUAACCCCAGACUGCUGCAAGAACAGACCGACGCUCAGGAAGAGACAAUAAUGCAUCAGGUUGAAGAUCGCCCCCUGCUGCAGAAGCAGAAAGAGCUAGAUGCCGAGGAAGACGCUUCUGAGAGCAUCGAUUCCUCUUCAAGCAUGGAUGAGUCGCAAGACUCAAGCAAACACCGGCAUCAUUUGCUGGAGGACAAUGAUCGAGAACUCUUCCAGCUGGAAGAGCGGCUUGAGCAAGUGCACAAACAGUUCUUUGAGGAGUAUGAUCUAAGGCGGACGAGGGGGUUGGGUGGACGAGUGGCCGCCCUGAGAGGCGAGAAGAUGCCAUCGAAAGAGAAGGAUGUUGAUCUGAAACUAGUGCCUGACAUCAAGGACAUCAUGCCACAGAUCAAGCGCCGGAUUCUCGGCGGUGUGGUCUUAGUGUUUUCCGGGGUACUUCCUCUCGGGACAGAUACCCAAAACGCUGACAUCUCUCUGUGGGCGAAGAGUUUUGGUGUCGCCAUUUCUCAGAAGAUCAACGCGAGGACCACACAUCUGGUGGCCGGCCGUAACCGCACAGCUAAGGUUCGAGAGGCGACGCGGUACACUAACGUCAAGAUCGUCACGACGCAGUGGCUCUUGGACUGUCUGACGCAAUGGAAAUGGCUGAAAGAGGAACCAUAUUUGCUGCCCGUCCACCCUGAUGACCGAGGAGAGCCAAUCUCGCCUGGUUCCAAGGAGAUGGAAAGCGGAUGGCUUUCGUCAUCUGAGGACACCGGUGGCUUUUGGACUGAGGAAGAGGAUGCUUCGGAAUCCACCGAAAAUAUUCUCAAAUCCACCGGACUCGACGAGCAUUCGCCCAUCGGUUACGAUGAGGACCAGCAAGCCGCUAUCCACGAGGAACUGAAAGAGUUCCUCGGCAGCGAUGACGAAAGCGAAAGUGACAGUGAGAUGUCGUCCUGGACGGAGGAAACGACCAUCAACAAGAAACGUAAGCGCGAUGAAGGCAAGGAAGGGGAAGACGACGAAGAAAAUCAAGAUGAAGAAGGCGAUCAGCCAGGCUCGCGCCUGUCACAACGUAUCAAGCGCUCCUAUGAGCGGAGCACUGGACUGAAAGAGGUAGCGACUGCGGAUCCCUCUCAAGAAUUACCCGUGCCUACAGAAUCCAAUGACGAGGACGCGCAGAAGCAACCGGAAGAGCCACCAUCCCAAGACCAAAUUGCCAAUCUCCCAGAAGACCCAGCAGACGACGACGACGAGCUAGAGCGGGAGAUGCUGGCCGCCUUUGAGGAUGGCGACUUUGACGAUAGAACGGAAGAGGACAUAGCGGCGGAGAAUGGAUGAUUCGUUUCCUGAUGAUUUUUGCUCGACUUCUCAUUCUGUUGUUUAUAUUGAGGCGUUUGAGGUGUAUGAGACGUUCCUGCAACUGGUCCGACGGCAGUUGUAGGGCGAGCACUAUAUUGUUGUUGAUAUCAUUUGGUAUUCCAGAUUGGCUGGGCAUUAUUAUGCUCUCUCAUUUCGUUGCAAUUGAGUGCGAUGCAAUGAUGGCAUAGCGAUGGCGUUGGGCAUCUGAUUGUUGUGUCUGAUAUGUUUUAGUUAAUCAGGGUUACCGGUGUUUGCCCGUGUCUUUUUAGUAUUAAAGAAGAAAAAAUGGUGAAGAA